GAACCUUAACUGUUCAGUGCAACAAAACCCAUCAUCUCAAGUUCUCAAUAUACUCAUAGCCUUCAGUAUUCAGUUUCUACAAAACCCAUCAUCACUCAAUUGUCCUCUCUCUCUCUCUCUCUCUCUAAGAAUGGAUAGGGUGUCCAGAUUGGCUUCACAGAAGGCAGUGGCAAUCUUCAGCAAGAGCUCCUGCUGCAUGUGUCAUGCUAUCAAGAGAUUGUUUUAUGAACUUGGGGUGAGCCCUGCAAUUUACGAGCUUGAUGAGGAUUCAAGAGGGAGAGAGAUGGAGUGGGCACUCUUGAGGCUUGGGUGUAACCCUUCUGUACCUGCUGUGUUCAUAGGAGGUAAACUGGUGGGUUCAGCUAAUGAAGUCAUGACCCUCCAUCUCAAUGGCUCAUUAACAAGAAUGCUCAAAGAUGCAGGCGCUAUUUGGCUUUAGUAUUACUCAACUCAGGGUCUUAAACUGAGUCAACUCGUGACUCUUUUAUGUUAACAGCUAUUCUCCAGCCUCCACCUUUUUCCCCCACUUAGGUGAUUGUACUCAUAAAUGAGGAAAAGCACCAUACGGAAAUAGAUGUAAUGGUUAUGUAUCUUUUUCUAAUAUAGUUGCAGUUUAUAGUUCUUA